AUGUAUUCAUCAGCUCAAAAGGCGAAAAGACGCGUACACGGGCGUGAACGACCAGAGUUGACCGAGGAGCAAAAACAGGAGAUCAAAGAGGCGUUUGAGCUGUUUGAUGCAGACAAGGACAGCUGCAUCGACUACCACGAACUCAAAGUCGCGAUGCGCGCUCUCGGGUUUGAUCUCAAAAAGGCAGAAGUACUCAAGCUGCUCAGAGAUCAUGACAAGAGCGGCCACGGGUUGAUGGAGUAUGACGACUUUGCAAAGAUUAUGGCCGAGAAGAUACUUGCGCGGGACCCUGCAGAAGAGAUUCGACGCGCGUUCCAGCUCUUUGACGAUGACAAUACGGGCAAGAUUACUAAAAAGAAUCUGAAACGCGUUGUACGCGAGCUCAACGAGACACUCGACGAUGAUGAACUACAAGCCAUGAUCGAUGAAUUCGACUUGGAUGGAGAUGGCGAGAUCAACGAGCAGGAAUUUUUUGCCAUCAUGACCGACGACACGUAG